AUUUUUGUCUACAUUUAAAUAUUUAAAUCCUUAUUAUAUUUUAAAAUAUCAACCAAAAACAGCAACACAAUGGAUUACUUUGAUCUUGUGGCCACGCGUUCAACUGAAAUACUCAGCGCUACUGCCAUUGAGUCCGGACUGGAAGAAGCUACCAGGAACCUGGGCCGGCACAUAGGUUCCACUCAGCAGGCCCAGCGAGCACACACACUUCUAGACAGAUUCGUAUACCAUGAAACCGACCGACGUACCGCUCGAGCUAUAAGCCUUGCACUCAACAUACUUGUAGAAUUUGGACGUCGUAUUGACAACAGCGAGGAGCUAGCGUCAACCAAAGCUACGGAAGGUCUGUUGGGCCUGGCACGCAAAAUGCAACAAGAUGUCACCAGCACCCCCAAAGACGAGAAUGUUCAGAGGGCAUGUGAGGAGGCCCUGACAUGCGUGGCCAAUGCAAUGCUGCUACGCCCAGGCUGCAAGGCCCAUUUUGCCAAGGCUCGAGGCUUUGCAUUGGUUACUGCUAUACUCCAGUGCACUGUAUUGACGUCGACUGCGACUUUUUUAUGCGCAAGGUGUCUGUUCCUGGGAUUGACCACCAGCGAUGACGCCCAGCACUGUGUGGAUGAUUUGAAUUUGCAGAAAGAGCUGGCUGCUGCAACAAAUAUAUAUUUGGACAAGGAGCGCGGUCUGGUUCAAGGCAUGGGCGGUGGCAGCAAAUGUAGAGAUAGGUUUUGCCCACAACAAGUGAUUGCCGAGCUGUUGAAGGCCGCAAUGAGUUUAUGCGUACUAUUCCAGCGCAGCUUUGUUUCCAAAAAAACAAAUGUAGCCGAUGACUUGCUGCCUACAGAGCACGCUGCAAAGUUUACCGAGCUACUGAGCGUGUGCCUGAGCACGCUGCGCGAGAUCCCUGUCUCCCCGAAUGGUCAUCUUGCCGAUGCACAGAAGCAGGCCAUUAGCGUUGCGCUAGGUUUCUCUACCCUGCAUCCCAAGUGCAUCCAAGACGCAUGGCUGCCGCCGAACGCCAGUCCGCCCACAGAUGAGUGGGCAAAUGUGGACCGCAUAUACGAUAUAUUUGAGAAGCUGAUCGACCACGCCGUGACCCCAAAUGGUAAAGUUGCCGAUGACUUGUCAGGGGUGGCUAACGAGUAUCAGACAGAGAUAGCGCCCCUGGCGCUGGUGCUUGUGCGGCUGAUGACGGAGCACAUUAAAGUGCGCGAGCACCUUCUCCAAAGGGUGUAUCCGCAAAAGGGUGCCUCUGACUUUACAAGGCUUCCCGAAGAUCGUCCUGGGAUUGCAGGCAAGCUGGUCCGGCUGCUGCGUAUUCCGCAGGGCGGCAUGCUGCCGAGCGCUGCGGGGAGCUUUAUGCUGGCGCUUCUGAGCCAUGACGUAAAGCAGUUUGUCAUGGCUGUUGGGUAUGGUAAUGCUGCUGGGUAUAUGCUUGCCCAGGGCAUUGAAAUCCCUGCGGACAUUUUGGAGCAGGUCAAUAGGGAGGUAGCCGAGGAUGUGCCUGUAGAUCCGGUCACUGGACGUGCGUUCAGUCAGGCCGAUGCUGAUCGCGAAUUGGCAGCUAUGACGGACGAGGAGAAGGAGCGUGAGGCCGAGCGCCUGUUUGUGCUCUUUGAGAGACUCAACAAGACCGGCGUGAUCCAGGUACAGAAUCCGUUCAAAGCUGCUGUUGAGAGCGGCAGAUUCGAGGAGCUUUCGGAUGAGGACAGCAAAUAAAUAAGCAGCAGCCAGCAGUGAUAUUUUUUGUUUAACGAUAUUGAUGACUUUUGCA